AUGUCAGAUGUCACUGAAUCUUCUUCUUCUACUCCUAUUGUGACGGUUCAUACCGAAUCGUCCACCAACCUACCUAUGGGAUUCAAAUUGAAUGGAUCCAACUAUGAGAUAUGGGCUUCGAUGAUUGAACUCCAUGCUACUACACAAGGCAAAUUGGGUUACCUGACUGGCGACACUGAUGCCCUUGAUUCCGAAGACCCAAAAUUUGGGAAGUGGAAAAUUACUGAUGCUAUUGUGAAAAGCUGA